AUGAAGAGUUCCUCAAGGCCAUACCGGCACCGAUUCAUUCUCUCCUCUUUGUUUUUCAUCUUGUUCUUAUGUGUCUUGGCUUCCAUCAACGAAUUUCGAUUUGUUAGUCUGCUAAGCUUUGGUAGAUGUGCUCUUGCCAACAUUCCAUCUCAAUCCUCUAAUUUAUCUUCUACCAAUUUUCUUGCUCUGAAUUCUUCUACCUCUAGUGAUAUUCGCAUACUCAUAGGCAUCCUAACGCUUCCUGACCAAUACCACCGACGCCAUUUUCUGCGUCUCAUAUAUGGCACACAAUCUCCGGUGGGUGCACAAGUUGACGUGAAGUUUGUGUUUUGCAAUCUAACCAAGGAAGAUCAAAAGGUACUUGUUGCUCUUGAGAUAAUGCGGUAUGAUGAUAUUAUCAUCCUGGAUUGCAAGGAGAACAUGAACAAGGGUAAAACCUACACUUACUUUUCAAGCUUGCCAGAAAUAUUGAAUGACACAGAUACGCCUUAUCCUCCCUAUCAUUAUGUUAUGAAAACAGAUGAUGACACAUAUUUUCGGUUAGAUAAUUUAGUGGAGUCACUAAAACCAUUACCUAGAAAAGAUUUGUACUAUGGUUAUGUUAUUCCAUGCUCUAGCAUGGACCCUUUCGUGCAUUAUAUGUCUGGCAUGGGAUAUAUGAUCACAUGGGAUAUUGUAGAGUGGAUUAGAGAUUCUGAGAUACCAAAACAUCACAUGGAAGGACCAGAGGAUAAAGUUUUUGGUGAUUGGAUCCGAGAAGGUCAUCGUGCGAAGAACAGGUAUAAUGCCAAGUGGUCUAUGUACAAUUUUCCUGAGCCACCUACAAAAUGCACACAUGAGCUUUGGCCAGAUACAAUUGCGGUUCAUCUAUUGAAGAACCAAGAGAAGUGGAUUCAGACAUUGAAGUAUUUCAAUGUUACUAGCAAUCUUAAACCUUCUAAAUUGUAUCAUAUACCUUAA